CGAACGUAAACAGUUUACAAAAAUGGCACACGACGAAGAUGACUACAUGUCCGACGCUUUUCUUGUUGAAAGCAGUAAAUCAACCGAUCGUGGCCUCGCAUGGGGAAAGCACGUCAAGAAAAACAAGAAAGACGCUCAACACAAGGCAAUCAAUGAGCAACACCGCACUAAGUUCAAGCCGAUCAAAGAGCGUGAGCAGGAACACCGACUGAAGGGUCUGAGUAAUGCACUGACUAGUGACAACAAGGGGUUCGCUAUGCUGGAGAAGAUGGGGUACAAGAGCGGUAUGGGUCUUGGCAAAAAAGGUGGUGGUAGAUCGGAGCCCGUUCCAGUUGAAAUUAAAACAGGUAGAGGAGGUUUAGGAAGAGAGUCCCAAAUGAAGGAUCAGCAGGAGACGAGGCAACGUCAAUAUCUAGAAACCGUGCGACAACGAGCUUCAAUGGAAGUAGAAUACAGGCAGGAUUUCCGUCAGCGCAUGAGCAGUAAGUUUAUUGACAAGGAGACAGAGAAAGACCUGAACACAAGCCAGAAAGCAUGUGAACAUUUGGAUGUCUCUCAGGAGAUUGAAACACCUGUAGAGCCAUGGUACUGGCCUAAGAAGCCUUCUGAAGAACCUGAAGAAGAAGAUAAAGAAGAUGAAGAAGAAGAAGAGGACGAGGAGGAGGAGGAGCCUGAACCAGGAAGUCACCUGACUUCAGCAGAGAAGCUUGUACAAAUAACCAGCUACCUCCGUAGUCAACACACAUACUGUAUAUGGUGCGGGACAUCAUUUGAAGAUCAGCGUGAUUUAGCAGACAAUUGUCUGGGCAACACAGCUGAGGAUCACAGGUAGCAGGAACCGAAACGAUGGACAGAUAAAUAUACUACACUGUACAAACAUCCCGGGCUCAGUUUCAUGGGUCUGCUUACCCCAAGUAAAGAAUCGGCACUUACGUCAAAGAAUCGGCACUUACAUGUACGUCAAGCAUUCACCGGUUAGUAGGGAACUUCGGCUUGUGCAGGUGUGUACUCCGUGUUACAAAGGCAUUCUCUGCUUACACAGCUAGCCCAAAAAUUGGACACUUGCUCUGCAAGCGGAGAGUGGUGAUCGUAUAAGCGCAAGAUUCGGCAGUAAGCAGAACCAUGAAAUAGGGCCCUGUAAUGACUAGGCAUUCUGUUCAAUUGUUACAUAUGAUCAAUUCAUGACACCCAUGUCAGUCUGCAAAACGAUUUACCUGGUGAUGUGGUGAUCACACUUUGAACCGACUGAUUGAUCAACUCACCAGCCUGAACUCAGAUAUCUUAUGGUGAACACUCAUGAUAUUCAAAUAUCAUGAACAGGUUCUCUGCAAUGCUAAAGGGGACUCUUAAUUUCAUUGUCUAUUCUCGUCAGACUAGGUCAAGUCAAGUCUAACCUAAAUAUUGAAAAGUGAAGAAAAAUAUGACCUUAACCCACUUAGUUGGAGCGUGCCAUAAUUGGUCUUUGUGUACUACAUGUUUACCUGCAGAGAAUACCCACUGAAGAGGCUGCACCAUGCUGUAGGCUAGCUCUCUUAAAGGCACUGGACACUAUUGGUAAUACCUCAAAAUAAUUGUUAGCACAAAACCUUACUUGGUAAUG